AUGGGGGCUAGCAACAACCUUCAGUGGUCCCAAAAUUACCAGUUCGGAACACAACCGUGGCAACAGGCAUGGAGGCCACAUGCACCACCACCUACAUCAUAUCCACAACCAUACCCCCAAACCUAUCCACCUCAAACUCAAUUUCCACCUCCACCUUUAAUAAAUCCUUAUCAACAACCACAACAAUUCCUUCCACCUAUUCCAUCAUCCUCCUCUAAUCCGUUACCUAACCCACCACAACCACCAAAGCCAACAUCAAUACCCACUCAACCAAAUCCCAAUCCUAAUAAUAAGCCAUCCCAACCCAUGUAUAAUAAUGAGGUGGUAGGUUAUCCAACUUAUCCGGUUAAUACAGUAGAACUGGAAGGAGUAGAAUUGAGGUCGCGAAAGGCCCUUCAAGGUCCCACAAUCAUAGAAAUAAAUGAAGAACCUGAAGUGAAGUCCGAAAAAGAACCUCUAUUUCCUGACCAGUUGCUUUCUAAACAUGUACAAAAGGAACCUACGCAAACUGAAUUCGAUCUCAUUAAUGAACUCCGCAAUGUUAACAUUAAGAUUCCUUUGUUGCAGGUUAUCAAGGAUAUUCUGGUGUAUAAUAAAACAGUUCAAGAGUUAUAUCCCGGAAGCCCAGUAAGCAUUGGUAAGAUUACUAUUCCUAAUGCACUUGUGGAUUCGAGUGCUGCAAUUAAUGUAAUGACUAACGAGACCAAAACAAAAUUAUCUCUUGAAGGACUUAGGCCCACACCUGCAGUUCUCCAGAUGGUUGAUCGUUCACUAGUCAAGCUUGAAGGGGUUAUUGAAGAUGUGGUCCUUUCUAUUGAUUCAUGGGAUUUUCCAACUGACUUUAUGAUCUUGCAGCCAAAAGUUAAGCUGGGGGGAUAUCCCUUAAUCUUAGGACGACCUUGGCUAGCUACUGCCAAUGCUUUUAUCAAUUGUUGGUCAGGGAAACAAUUCUUCUCAUUCUUGGAUGGAUUUAGUGGAUAUAAUCAGAUCCGAAUAGCACCUGAAGACCAGGAUAAGACUACCUUCACUCGUCCCUGGGGGACAUUUGCCUACAAUGUGUUGCCAUUUGGAUUAUGUAAUGCCCCAGCUACCUUUCAACGGGCUAUGCUAAGUAUUUUUGCUGACCUUGUGAAUGAUUGUGUAGAAGUUUAUAUGGAUGACUUUACAGUUCACGAUAAUACUUAUGAAGAGGCAAAAGAAAACUUAGAGAAAGUGCUUAAAAGAUCUAAAGAUGUUGUCUUUUCUUGGACGCUUGAGUGUCAGGAGGCUUUUGAAACUAUUAAAACCAAGCUUGUGACCACCCCAGACCUUAGGGGUCCAAAUUGGGAAUUGCCAUUCCACAUCCAUAUCGAUGCCUCUGACUCUUCUAUGGGUGCAGUGCUUGGACAAAAAGAAGACAAUCUCUUUAAUUCUAUUUACUACGUCAGCAAGAAUUUCACCGGUGCAGAGGUAAAUUAUAUGGUAACUGAAAAGGAUUUUUUAGCUGUUGUUUAUGCUAUUUAUAAAUUUCAUCAUUAUAUUACUGGAUAUAAAGUGUUUGUUCACAUAGACCACUCAGCAAUUCGCUUUCUAAUGAAUAAGCCAGUAGUCACUGGCAGAGUCAUUAGGUGUUGGCUUUUAUUACAAGAAUUUGAUGUCACUAUACUUGAUAAGCCUGGUCGAGAAAAUGUGGUUGCAGAUUUCCUAUCCAGGUUGCAGCUGCCAGACAAUGAACCAACUCUAGUUGAUGACACCUUUCCAGAUGAACACCUCUUUGCUAUCUCUGCAGAGAGUCCCUGGUUUGCUGAUAUUGCCAACUACUUGGUCACAUGCAAGUUUCCUCCUCACUUCUCACCUCGUGAACGUCGAAAGUUGGUGGGCCUUAGUGGACAGUAUACUUGGAUUAAUGGUCUCCUCUUUUGCACUGGCAUUGACAACAUCAUGCACAAAUGUGUAUCUGAGGAGGAUGUCUUUGACAUUCUUCGAGCUUGUCAUAUUGAACCAUGUGGUAGACACUUUGCUACUCAAAGAACCUCUCAGAAGAUUCUCACUGUUGGGUAUUAUUGGCCUACAAUUCAUAAGGAUUAUUAUGUCACCAAAUGGGUUGAAGUCAUUGCACUCAAACAUGCACAAGACACUAAAGUGGCUGACUUUCUAUAUUUAGAGAUUUUCACUCGCUUUGGUGUUCCUCGAGAAAUCACUACAGAUCAAGGACCCCAGUUUACUUCAGAACUUAUUGCUGCUCUAGUCAAAGAAUAUGAGAUCCGUCACUGGAAGCCCACUCCUUACCAUCCCCAAGCUAAUGGACAAGUUGAAGUCACCAACAGAGAGCUAGAGAACAUUCUUACCAAGAUGGUUGCUCUUCAUAAGCAUGAUUGGGCUAUGCAGCUUCUUGAAGCUAUAUGGGCCUACCACACGACAUGGAAGACCACUACUGGUCUGACCCCUUACAAACUUGUUUAUGGUAAGAAGGCAGUUCUUCUGAUCAAGUUCAAGAUUAAGACUUUGCAGACUGCAUUGCAACUCGGCCUAAGUCUCUCUGAUGCCCAAAAGGACUGCAUUGCCCAGCUACACUCUUUAGAUGAGCUCCAUUAG